CCGUUUGGGUCCAGAUCUGGUUCGAGCCUCUGCUGGCGGGCCCCUGAGGCGCUGAGGGCGACCGAGGAGUCCUCGGUCAUGGCUCCUCGGCGGCACUGGGCGUUCCGAGUCCUCGCGUCCGUAUCUCUGACUGUGGCGCUGUCCGCCGCCAGCUCUUGCGGUGAGGCGCCGAGCGCAGCUGGGAACUGCUUUGAGGCGAACGACGAGGCCAGCAUGCUGCAGCGCCCCCCUGGACGUCGGGAGCAGCCGGUGGCUGAAGAGGUGUUGCCGCCCAACGGCAGCGGAUCUGGCGACGAAGAGGACGAAGAGGUGAUGCAGCCCAACGGCAGCGGAGUCCGCGACCAAGAGGAUGAAGAGCCGUUGCCGCCUGCUAACGGCAGCGGAUCUGGCGACGGGGUUUGUGGUGGCCCCCCCAAAGACGCGAUUCCUUUGGAUUGGGGUAUGGCGCUGAGAAGGGCGGGACCAGAUCCGAACAACUGGCCCGCAGUUGUCAUGGAGUACGGUGCGGGGACCGACACCAACAUUCUUCCACUGACGAACAUGCUGAACAAAACGCUUUCCUGGAGUGUGGAUCUGUCGCAGGCUGGUUGCCAGAACGUCGUAGCAUUCCAGAUGGUAGACGCGAAGCUGAACGAAGGGUGCUAUUGCGACGGGAACGGCCUUUCGGCAAGGCCAGACGAUCCGCACAGCCCAGGGAACUGUAAGGGAUGGAUGAAUAUUCCGCUUUAUGGAGGCGUCCAACCUUGCCAAGAGAUAGACUUCAUGGAGGCCAACAUCUACGAGUGGAAAACUACAUUGCACGAUGGACUUUUAGGAAAACAUGGCUGGGAUUAUGGCUCUGGUGGCAGCCCUCAAACGGAGCAAGGCAACGUCAUAUACAUGCCUCGGAGCGCAGCAAUGGACCCGAGUAAGCCGUUUCAUGUCAAGGCGGCGUUUCUCGUGUACGACAACGGCACGUUCAGCGGCUUGAAGAUGACGCUUUCCCAAGGCUGUCUGACGGGGCCCCUCACGACGUUCACGCUGUUUCCACCCGAAGAUCAGAAGAACCUCACGCAGCUGGGCAAAGCUAUCCAGCGGGGCAUGACGCCAGGAUUCAGCUACUGGAACACGGGCGGCCCCCAGUCCUGGUUCGACGACGACAAGUGCUUCGGCACUAACCACGGCGGCCCCGUCGUCUUCUACGACUGGGGGCUGACGGACGGCGCGCACUGA